ACAGACAAUAACUAUUCUUGAACCUUUAAAUGACUGUACAGUAGGUCAUCGAGAGUUGAUGGCAUUGCUGUAGUCAUCUGGACAUGCAGCAGAAGAGUUUCCUUCCUGAAACCUUUUUGAUGGUUCAGUGCUGACAGACAUUUUGACAUGCCAUGGCACGAAAAACACUGUGUAUUCCUGGUUUGUGUGUGUGGCACGGUAAAAAUCAAUCAUUUGGGGUUUUUUUAUAUGCUAGAAGACACAUAGCGAGUAAAACAGCAGCCAACUCUAUGGCUGAUGAUUUCCACUUUGAAUUGACUCGCCAUCGUGUAACAUAGAGUAGUUUUACUGUGUUUGAACAGUGUCAUUGUAGAGCUAGUGUGCUCUAGCUGCAGUAAGUAGGGAGGUUUGUGUAAGAUUCAGCGGGGAAGGCAACGGUGUAGAGUUGCAUCCUAGCCAUUUCAAGCUAUGUGAUAUCGGAUUGAGUUAAACAGCAUAGAACUUCAGGCAUUUUUACACCAGUUUUAUGAGUAAUACGUGAAUUAGUUAUGGUUAUGGGGGUCAUUCAUCACAUGCAAUCACAUACAAAAUACAAAAAAAGGCAUUCUGAUAACACCAGAUACUUUAUAAGGUAGAGACUCACCACAACAAGAAUCCAGAAUAGAAAUCUGUGUGAGAAUUCCAUACUGCCAAAGAUGUCCGAUGCAAGUGUGGCAUCAUAAAACUGUCCUUCUGCAUAAUAGAAGAAUAACCUGUUGGGAAAAUCACUUUUUAAUCACUUUUUAAACCUUAUUUUGAGGCUAAAGCUACUAAUUUUUAUUUAUCUAUUUAUUUUUAUAUCCGAUUUGACGAUUGAUUCCAAACAAGCAGUUUGCAGUUUGGCCUGGUGACCAUUGUAAUUAGAGAUAUAGCUUUCGCACCAUUCAUAUGUCAUAUUCAAGAUAACUGUCUUAAUGUGUUACCUUGAUGUGUGUUGAGUCGCAGACAACUUAAUCACACACCUUUUAAUGAUAUCAAAGUGUUUUAAGGCAUGAAUGGGUUAUAUUCAUGGAAAAAAACUUUUAUUUAACAUGUAACUUUGAUACACAGAAAUGGGUAUGUAGGGAUUUGAUCAAUGACUGGAGAGAUACUUUAAUGUUUUAAUACCACUUGUGAAUUUUUUUUAUAUGCUUUGACAAAGACGGAAUGAAAGCCUUUGUCUCAGCAGACAUUUUGUGUAGAAAAAGCACACAGGUUGUACUGAAAACAUUAAUGAUGACUCAGUUCUGCUCUGUAAUUAAUUGAUCAGUCUUAUCUGUGAACAGUUGGCAGAUGUUAAGAUGUUCAUAUUUUUAGCAUCACAUCUGCACCUAAAUAUGCUACAAUGAAGACUGAUGUCUUCAUCUUUAAAAAAAAAAACAACAACAAAAAACAAAACAGACAGCUAUAAACCAUAAACAACUUGUGUUUGUGAAGGAGCUGCUGUCACUGUAGCGACACAUUUUUACUACAACCACAAUGGAGGAACAUAAAAAUGAACUGGAAUUAGCUUUGUGUUGUCCACUGAAGUACUAGAGAUAAAAAAUAAUAAUAAAAAAAGCUGUCAGGUUAAAGGCUGGGAGCAGUUUAAACUGUGCAUACUCGACCUUCAGCAGCAGACCGACCAGCUCUGCACACACACUGGAGUUACUGGGAGUUACCAUGGCAACGAGCCGUCGCCGUGGUUGCGCUGACAACUUCUUCACAGCCAAGGUAAGAAAGUUCACCAAGUUAGUGUGUUUCUCACCUAGUUAACUAGUCAGUCUUGUAAAACAACUACUUGUUUAGCUUUAGAACUCCCGCUGUGUGUUUUCUAAUUCUCCCGGUACCUACAUUUCGGCUGUAUUAAGAGCAGGUGUCGAAACUCCAGAGUUAGUCCUCAGGUAGACUGGCAGUUCACGUUUUGUGAUGACCCAGACGUGCUGAUGGUGUUUAUGGAGACAUCAGCACCAUGUCUGCUGCCCCUGCAAAGGAAAAGUUCCAGGAUGGAUCUUCUCAGAACGCCAGUAAAGGCAUUCCAAGGCCUGGAUCUAAAGUUAAGAAAAAGGCCCACUCUCCUGAAGUAACAUUACCACCUCUAUGCCCGGAUCCAUCUUGUCUGUCAUCUGCAGCCAGGCAUCUGUUUAGUCCUAGCUCCCUUCUCAGAAAUGUCUCCUCUGACAGACCUCUGUCAGCGGUGGAGCUACCUCCUCUCAGAGCCCCGGUAGGACCAGGGAAAGGUCACACAAAAUGGACAGAAGGACAGAGUCUUACAGAUAAAGAUAAAACUGUAAAAGUCACAAUAUGCAAGGAUAAAAAGAGAAUGACUGUGGAAGAUGGGAAAGCAACCAGACCAAAUAAAUUUCCUCUUACUGGCACUGAGGUUGUUCAAAUCUUUACCCAGAAAAGAGACCCUGGAGACUUGCAGCUUUAUUAUCUGAAAGAAGCAGAUGGGAAUGCUUACAGACCGUAUGACCUGCGAGUGGUCCAUUCCAGUGAUGCUGGUUCAGAGCACUAUAUCUUCUCGCCUAAAACUGUAAUACAUGUGACAGAGACGGGUUAUGGUGGACUUGUCAGUCUGGCGGAGUGGUACAGAGAGUACAUGUUGUGGACAGCUCUGCAGAAAAUUCCCCUUUUCAGGGACUUCAGACUGCGGAAAGCUUUCUCCUGGUGGCAUAGAAAUGUGCGGAAGACCUCCUUUCAGCACAAAUGUAAACAUCUGGAGGAAAUGCUUCUUAUAGCUGUGCCUCAGUUCAGAAAUGCUCUUCAUCUGUUCACCAGAGUAAUUGAAGAACUAAAAGGGACACACUGGAUGCUUCUGAAUGACUCUAAAACCUACACAUUGCUGGAGUUCAAGGAUGUGCUGAUAAUCAACCAUCAAGAGUGUCUGCAGGUUUUGCAGAAGUUAUCACAGUGUCACACUUUCAUUCUAAACACGGUGAAAGAAGACAGCUAUAAGACGCACCAGGAGUUGCAGCUGCACAUGAAAUUUGCUCAGAGGCCAAAUAGACGCUCGGAACCAAUUCACCUGCGUCUGGCUCGCCAGCACGAGCUGAAGAAAGAGUUGGUCCGGUCUAAAGGCAUCUUGCAGAAACUAGGAAAUUUUGCAGCACUCAUCCAUCGAAUGAUUAUUCAGAGUGUCGUAACAAUCAUCCAACAAGAUGCCAUUUCUUUUCUCAGUGUUUUGAAGAGGAGGAAAUUUCAGCACGGUCUCUUCCACACUGAGCUGUGUUUCAGUGCCAAUAGUCAGCUGACUUUGAACCCACCAAUACAUCUGUUCCAAGAAACAGUGCGUGAAGCACUCCUGAGUGUUAACAACUCCAUUGUUCAGAUGUGUGAUAAUUGUGGAUUCUUCCUGGAGAUAACCAACAGUGGGUUCACUUCUGCCCAGGAUUUACCCUCAGACUCCAGCUGGAUCCAACAUUCUGCAACUACAGGAGAGAUAAACAGUGAUUGGAUGACUGGUGGACGGCUCAAAGAGAAGUCAGCUGUGCUACCUAAAGAGUCUUUUCAAAUGGUGCAGGGCAACAUGGUGCAUGGGUGCUACUAUCCUCUGUCCAAAACACAAAUAGAGUGGCAGAUCAGCACCAAUGAUGUUACAAAACAAGUUGAGAAAGUGCAGGUCAAGACCAUGCAGGAAGCUGAACUAGAAAUCCAGCAGCUGUGUGCGAGCUAUGCAUGGUUGGUGGACAUUCGUUUGUUUGUUAGUGAGUGGAGUCGAGCCUCUUUGGAAUCCAUGAGCGGUCAACCUGCUUUAUUAUAUGAGGAGCUCAUUAAGAAGGUGCGCAACUGGACUGAGAGAAUCAACACAGUUGACUCAUCACUCUCUACCUCCAACCAACUAUUCAUUGUUGACUGCACCUGCACAAAGGAAACUCUAGGGCGACAGCUGAGUUCCAUUGAGGAGGAAGUGCUACAGCAGCUGGUUGAGCAGAUCAAGCUGCACUCAGAGAGCGUCGUAUCAGAUUUGGAGAGAACUUCUGCUGAAUUCAAGACAGAACUGCAGGACUUACAUGACUUCUUAAAAUUUGCUCUUACGGUGAGGAAAUCUGCACAAGUAUUGGCUGACAUCCAGAAACGCAUGGAGUACAUUCACUCCCUCCAUAGCACCGUGUGCAUGAACUAUAGGAAGCUGACAGUGCAGGAACUGAGUUUGGAAGAAAAGAUGCUGGGCCUGUGGAAUUGCUUCAAUUCAGUGUUUAAGCAAGCAGAUGACCUUGUUUGCCACCGUCAUUCUUCAGCAGCUAAAGAACUGGACACAAUGUUCUCAUUUUUGGUCAGUGACAUUAAAAAUAUAGUCUCAGAUGCUACAUCUGGACCCUUCCUUGACUCCAACCAGAAUGCUAAAGAGAUGGCCUCUAAACUGAACUGCAUGUGUGCACAUUUGCACACUUUGAGUGCAAAGCUGGAACAACUUAAUACUAACAGUCAAAACUUACAAGAACAUACUAUGGAUUUGACCAUUCUGACUACAGAUGUUCAGAAGGUCACAGCCCGUAAAGAGUUGUGGGAGCUGAAAGCUGUGUAUACUACAUGGUUGGAAGAAUGGAAACAGCUGCUUUUCAGUGAGGUGGUGGUGUCACAAGAUCAGGGGAAAAUUUCCAUGUGGAAGCAACAAGUUCAAUGUUUGACAAAUAUCAUACCCAUCCAUGAUGCAGUGCUGCAAGAGACUUUAGAAGUCCUGGAGAGCUUAAACCAUCAGCUUGAACUUCUGGCCAAGCUGCAGAGUCCCACACUUAAAGAUAAACACUGGAGAGCUAUUUUCCAAGACAUGGGCCUGCUGUAUGUCCCUGAGAACAAGGUGACUGUUGCUGAUCUCAUGUCUCGGCAAUUUGAAACUCAUGGGGAACUGAUCAACAAAAUAUGCAGGGAUGCACAAAUAGAGUGUAACAUGGAGCAGACCUUCCAAAAGCUUCGUAAGGGAUGGGAAGACAGACUCUUCCAGCUGGAUGAAUUCACUCUCCCUGUUUGGCAGCACUGUAAACCACAGAAUGGAUUACCAGAGAAAGAGAAGCCCACAGAAGGCGUUGUUUCAAAUGUUCAAACUGCCAGUCAAAACUCCUGUAACGAUUCUAGAUUAAUUGUAACUGGUCUAGAAACACUCCUCUUUGAGACAGAGAAUGAUUUGAUGACUCUGUCCACCAUACUGAAGUCCCCACACAGUACUGAUUUCAGGCUGCAGUUAGAGGAUUGGAUUGAGUCACUACAAAAACUUAGGAAUCUGCUUGAGUUAUUUGAAAGAUAUCAGCAGUUGUGGGCCUUUCUGACAAAGGUGUUUGGUGACACAUCCUUUGGCGAUCAAAGAGUGGAUUUGCUGAAGUGCUUCCUGCCAGCUGAUGAGACAUUUAAGGAAAUGAUGGUUUCUAUAUCAACUGACCCUCAUGUGUUACACUUUGACAAGACAAGUAUCAGAUUUCAUGGUCAUAGCCUUUGCCAGGUUCUCUCUGAUGGUUUGUCUACAAUGGAAACAAUUUCCAAUCAGAUGUCAGAUUGCCUUGAAGCCAUCCGUGUACAGUAUUUAAGACUCUGGUUCUUGAGUGACAUGGAAGUGAUGAAGCUACUGUCUUUUCACUCAACGCCUUUUACACUGCAGCCAUUUGUACGCAAAUGCUUUAAAGGGGUAUGCAGGGUUGAAGUGGACUGUGAAAUACCAUCUAGAGAUGUAAAGAGCUGCGGGGCUCUUAGUACCUCUGAAAGCCACAGGCAGAUGAAGGUGCUCGGGAUCUUUGGCAGCCUCAACGAACACAUUACCUUUCAGUCUCCUUUGGAACCAAAUCUUGAUGCCUUGGUUUGGCUUAAUGUCUUUGAGAAACAAUUUAAGUUGACCAUGAUGCAACUAAUGAAACAAUGUGCUCUUGUGCGAAACCAGCUUGAACCAUCCAGUCAAGAUUUGCCCCGUGACAAGAAUGUUGAGGACAUCCCACUCCACUGUGCUGACAGGUUAAAAAAUGUUCAACGUGUGCUAGAUCUGAUCUCUGAAUAUCCUCUUCAGUGCCUGCUGGUGGUUGAGGAGGCAGUAUGGUGCCAUGCUGUUCAACAAUCAUUCCAACAAUCAAAUCCUGUGAAGCUGAGCAACAUAAAGGCAAACAGCUCUGCAAAACUGAGAAACCUUGGCCAGUCUAUAAGAGAUGCAGUCACAGGGUGUGAAAGUGGAUCUCUAGUUUCCAGGUACACAAUGAUGUGCCGGCGUGCUUUAGUGCAGCUUACAAUGAAUCACACGCAGCAACUAUCUCAACUCAUGGAGUUACCGUGUGUGCUGGAAUCAUCUUUUGAGUGGCUUAGUGUGAUGAAGUAUCACGUAAACUCAGAAGAUCAGAAAGGCAGAGAUGACCCAACUUGUUACGUGGAUGUUUUGGGCCAUCACUUCCAAUAUGGCUUUGAAUAUUCUGGUCCAGAAGAAUGGGUGAUGGUGCACACUCCUUCCACAGAUCAGGCAAGGCUGGGGACUCUUCUUGCUCUGGCAAGCUACAAAUGUGGGUUUGUGAGUGGACCAUCUAUGUCUGGAAAGAAAAAAGUUGUGGGACAGUUAGGAAAAGCACUGGGACGACAGGUUGUCAUUGUACAGUGUUAUCCAAGCAUGGGACCCGGUGUUAUUAAGCAGAUGUUGCUAGGUGCACUGCAAACAGGAGCAUGGCUUCUGCUCGACUCUGUGGACUUAUUAACACAGGGUGUCCUGUCUUUCCUGGGACAGCAGCUAGUAGACAUACAGCAAUCCUUCUCCGAAUUAAGAAGAAAUCAGAAUCAGAGACCGAAUGAGGAGCCAGAGGACAAAACUGAUGACAGGGUCACAGGUUGCACAAACAUGGUUAAUCCAGAGUGCCAUAUGGUGCUUGAAGGGAAAAGCAUUUCUGCCAGCCUCAACUACGGAUGUGUUGCCAUCUCAUCAAACGGGCGUUCAUCCAAGAUUCCAGAGAGUCUCCGAUUUGCAGCCAGACCUGUUGCCUUAAUGCAUCCAGAUUACAGGAUUAUUGCAGAAGUAAUGCUGACUUCUGUUGGUUUCUCAGAGGCCAUGUCUUUAAGUCAGCGUCUGGUGUCCCUUAUGAGCCUGGCCAAAGAUUUCCACUGUCUUCCUGAUCUUUUCACUGAUAAGAGCUGCUUUCUUGGUGUCUUGCAAAAGAUCAUCUGUGCGUCUGAAUUACACUUAAAACAAAAUGUAAAACAACGAGCAAUUUCACACACUGAUCUUAUGACUUCACAAAAUAUGCCUGUUCAACUUUCUGAGAAGGAUAGAAAAGAAACUGAAAAGUUUUCCAAGCUACGCAGUUCUCGUUUGUCAGUUAUGUGGAGUUUACUGGAAGAGACAGCUAUUGUUAAAGCAGUUUUGUCUGUCUUGAUUCCUGUGCACAUGAAAGCCUCACAGUUCUACACCUUUUUUAGGGACACAUUCCCUAUAGCAUCUCAGUUUCCCCUUUUUCAACAUUAUAUUGAAGAAGCAGAAAAGAACCAACUUCAAGAUGCAGUUACAGAAGAAUUACAACAAAAGCAGUUUCAUUGUGACACUAACAUAACUUGCAGUGCUAUUACACUUUACCAGACCUUGCAAUUCUCUAAGGCAGUUAUGCUCAUAGGCCCCUCAGGUAGUGGAAAGACAACCUGUUACAGUGUUCUAGCUGAAGCAUUAAAUACUCUGGCUGCCAAGGCAGAGAAAUAUGUCUGUGAAAAGGACAGAGUGAUUAAAAGAGAUACUCCACAGGCAGAUCCACAUAUCUCUGCUUCAAACUGGAGCUCUGUCGACACUUUGGUCUUAUUUCCCAAUGCCAUGUCCCAUGAAGAGAUCUUUGGCUGCUUCUGUGAAAAGACAGGAUGGCAAGAUGGAGCUUUUGCAAAGGUGCUGAGAGAUGUAGAACGACGUGAGCGCACAUCUGAAAUCUGCAAAAAGAAGAAUGAAAGUGAUAAGACACCAGUAGUGAAGUGGCUGAUAAUGGAUGGAGAGCCCGUGGGGAAGCCUGGCUGGUUAGAUUACUUGACCACAUUGUGCAAUUCUCAGGAUCCAUUUCUGUGUCUGUCAUCAGGUGAAACGUUGCUAUCUCAAUCACACCUGAAACUACUCAUGGAGAUCACAGACCUACAGGAUGCAAGCCCCUCCACAGUGACCCGCUGCAGCCUUGUUUAUUUCACAGGUACUGAUCUGUGGAAGUCCAUCUGGAAGAGUGAACUGGGUGCUCUCUCUGUCAAACACAAACUCAGUCAAGGAAUUGUGAGAAUGUGGAACAGUCUGGCUGAAGAUCUUUUCUCCAGCACAAUUAGUUUCCUUGGGCAAAAAGCUUUUAACUCUGCAAUCCAUACUGGAAGAGAAUCUUGUAAAAGCUCCACAUAUGGACUGCAAGAAAUCAUGUCAUUUGUCAGAAUCCUUCAUGCCCUUUUGCAACAUUUUGGGAAGGAAGUGGAAAAAUCUGACGCAAUGCUGCAAAUGGACAAAAAAGAUAAACCUCUAAAUGGAUCUGAUACACCUGGCACAGAUACCCAAAGCAAAGAAGAUCAGCUUACAAGAAAUCUUUUUCUUGUGGCUUAUAUUUGGGGAUUUGGUGGACAUCUGCAUUCUUGCCACUGGCCACACUUUGAAUUGUUAGUUCGCCAAGUACUGUUUACUUGCAGGUACAAAAUUGUAGUUCCGGAAGAACAAAGUGUAUUUGACCACUUUUUUAGCAUCAAUAGUAGGAUGUGUCCCAAGAACACGCUGUUGACCAAGUCCAUCAUUCCCAAGCAUGAGAAAUACACAUAUCUCCUGAAUCUGAUGUUGGAGGCAAACCAGCCAGUACUGCUCGCAGGAGAGCCUGGUUCUGGAAAAACCACUCUGUGCAAAACCUUGCUGACUUUUGACAAGCCACACAUUAGUCUACCAGCCAGUCCACUACUGAGCCCCAGAGACCUGCGUGUUAUACUGAAUAGCAUCAGCUGCCAGAAGAACUGCAAAGAUACUAUGGGCUCCAUUACAAAACAGCCAUGUCUGCUUCUGUUUGUGGAUGAUUUACAUGAAGCCCCCCGUGAUGUCUUCGGGGAAGCAUCAAUGGCACUAGAGACACUACGACAGAGUAUUUCCAGGGGGGAGAUUCUAAUAUUUGACACCUACCAUUUCAAGUUAUUGAGCUCUGCAACCAUCAGCUACAUGGCUACAUGUUGUGUCUCUGGAUUGGGUAAUUCCCACAGCAGUGUGAUAUCUCCACGCCUCUCACGCCUGUUCUCCAUCUUUGUGCUCCCUAGCCUAUCUCUGGAAGUUAUUUUGUCUAUCCAUUCUCCCUCGCUAAAAAUGUGGAUGAAAGAAUUACCACUAAAGCACUGUGGUGACGAUAUGUCGUAUUGUAUCAUCACUGCCACUAAACAUCUGUAUCAUGCAGUAUGUGACCAAUUUCAGACCACUCUGCAGAGGCCCCAUUUCAUAUUCUCCCAUCAUGACCUUGAGAAGGUGUUUCAGGGAAUGUGUCUGUGGCAGUCUAACAUCUCAAACACAGGGGCCAUCCAGAGAAUGGAAAAUUCUCAGCCAGGCUCUCCUCCUGUUCUGUCAAGGCAUUUAGCAUCAGUUCUUAACAUUGUACAUCUCUGGAUGCAUGAGUGCAUGCGUACUUUCAGUGAUAGGUUAUGCACAGAGGAUGAAAGAAAAACUCUUGUGUCACUCAUAGCCAAGACAGCAGCAACACACUAUGGAAAUAAAUUGAGUGAUGAAGCCCACCCUGACAGUCUAGAUGGCUCAACUGCUGGCACAAGCCCUGCUAUGGAUACAGCUGGCAUGUGUCAACCAAUACAUCAGAAUCCAGAUAUUCUAAAUCUGCUUCAUCUGCAGUCAGAACUGAAGGAAGGCUCUACAUUGACUGAACGUUUCUGUCUGUCUGAAAACAUUUGCGCAGAAGAGGCAAGCUUACAAAGUCACCCUCUGGAACCCCAGAUUCUUCAGCAUAUGGAAGACAUAAUAACUAGACUUGUUUAUGGUCCUGAGUUCUCUGAGGCCCUGAAGUCUCUGAAUCUGCAACAAAAAUUCAGGUGCAGCUUUUCUUAUCAAGCACAAGAACUUGAUGUACUGCUGCAAAAACUUUGUUCAGUUAUGGAUAGAAAAGACGAAGAUGAAGCACAGAAGGCUGAUGAAGGUCGCAACAUUACUGCUAAAUGCAUGGUACACAGACAAGGGGUGUGUCAGCUGUUACAUAUCCUCAGAGCUUUACUCUUACCUGGAGGUCACGGACUACUAAUUGCGUCAGACAGAGGAACAGGCCGUAAAACCACUGUGCGUUUAGCUGCUUACCUGACAGGCUAUCAGUUGAUAGAGGUACACUCUGGUAACGAGAAUAAGUUGCACGAAAUCCUGAAACAAGCUGGGAAUCAAACUAGAGAGGAUGGAGUUAAGGUCAUCAUACUGGUCCAUGAGGAAAUCAGUCAUCCUGUCAGAGAAGAAUUACUAUUAGCGAUGGCCCACAGAGCCUAUCCACCGCUGUACACAGAGGAUGAACUGAGGAACCAAGUUUCCAGAGUGACUACGAUGAAUAACUCAAGAAAAUAUGUCAUGGACAUUUGGAUGUUUGAGAAGACCUUGAGCCAAGUCCACAGAAAUGUUCAUGUGUUUCUGCUGAUGCCUUUCACCGUGUCACGCUACAGUGAAAUGCCUCCAAACAAUGAAACUCAACAUUGGAUUGCACAAAUGCCCAAGGCCCUGAGGCUCAGCUGCUGUGUAGAGGUGUAUCAGCCAUGGUCCAGCCAGACUUUGGUGGAAGUUGCUUCUCAGUGCCUCAAGACCAGUCCCCACAAAAUAGCUCAAGAAGGCUCAGAGGUCAGCCUGUCUGUGGCUAUGGCAGGAAUGCAUCAGUCUGCAUGUCAGUAUGCAUCUAUCCUUCUGACAGCGCAACCUUUCACUCCUCAAACUUAUAUGGGGUUCAUUGCCCAGUUUGGUUAUCUCUUCAGCCACCUGCACAAGGAAUGCCAGAGCAAAACCAACAGACUGUCUACUGUUUUGUCUCAUUUGGAUGUCCUGAACAACACAGCUACACAGUAUAAGCAGAUUUUAUUAAGACUGCAAAAUACGGUUUCUGAGACACAGCAGCACGAGAAAGAGCUCCUCAGAGCUGUGGAUGAUCAGAAAAGCUGGUUCGAGGAAGCCUGGGAGAAAUGUGUAGAAGAGGAAAACAAACUGUCCCACCUACAAGAGCAAAUUAAGCAUGCUGAAAAACAGGUGAAACCUGUGUUCCUGUCAUACCUCAGGAUUCUGAAGUGUUUGAAUCCUUCUGACCUGGAGGAAGUGCACCACUACAGAGAUCCACCUGAUGGAGUGGUGAAAAUUAUGGAUGCUGUUUGUUUGUUGUUUAAUCGUCCACCAGGCUGGGAGAGUGCCAAACAACUUCUUGGACAAUCCAACUUUUUCCAGGAGUUGGAAUUUUUGGACCAUUAUGAUCUGACAAAUGAACAACUGCAGCAGCUUGGAGAGAUAGUUCACAGUCCCCAUUUUGGACCAGAAUCUGUCCGUGAGAUCAGUAAGGCCUGUGAGUCCCUGUGCCAGUGGGUCCAGGCUAUGUAUAACUGCUGCUGUGUGCAAAAACAACUGUUGGUCAGGCAACAGUUACAGGUGCUGGCUGAAGAGGUGCAAGAUCAACAACAUUUGGCCGUUCAGCUUAGGAAGGAGGCAUACAAUUGUCUGGAGCAUGCUAAGCUCCAGCAGCAGUUCAUACAAAAUCACCUAGAGGAGCUACUACAGGAGCUGCACAAAGCUGAGAGUACAGAAAGAGAAGUGGCUACAUUAGCAGGGCAGCUGGAGAUUUUUGUCAGAGACUGGAGGGCUGCUGCUCAGGAGGCAGAGCUACGAAAUCAAAACGUACAAGGGGAUGCCCUCAUCCUGGCUGCAAUCAUCUCCUAUUUAGGCCCUUUUGGACCUGAUAUACGCACAGAACUGCUGAGCAAGUGGAGCGAGCUGUGCCAAACAGGAAGCAUCAACAUAAACCCUAAGGACCCCAGAACCUCCCUGUUCACAGACUUUGACACUGCACCACUUAUCCACUGUUUUGGUUUUCCCAUCCCUGUCACUGAGAGACUGCAGCUGCCCCUGGGUCAGGCAUUAGGGAUGAACGAGUGGCAGCUGGGGGACACAGUUUCUGCCAGAAUGGUGGUUAAGCUGUUACUGUGGGGUCACAGAGGUCCUUAUGUCCAGCGCUGGCCUCUACUGACAGACACUCAGCAGCAUCUUGAGAUAAGGUGUCAAAACGGGCAUAACACAGGAGAGAAUGCUGAGCUUCAGAAAGAGACAGAGUUUGAGAUGGUGCUCUGUGCGGAUGAUCCAGUACUGCUGGACAAGUUGGACCAGGCUGCUGAAAAAGGUUUGAAAGUCCUAGUUACUCACAUGGAACGUGCAGUCCCUAGUCCUCAGUUCUUGGACAAAUUGGUAUGUCCUGGUGAGUGUUGCUUCCCAGGACAAAAGCAGCCUCCUCAGCUGGUCCACCCUGACUUCUGCCUCUUUCUCAGCACCCAUCUGCCUGUCAGACGACAUGUCAGUGAGAUCCAUGCAUCCAUCUUGGCUCGGGUACAUGUGGUUGACCUCUCUCUGAGCACAGAAGAGAUCCAGGAGCUGAUGCUGACACAGCUGCUGCAGUCUGAGUGUAAAGAACUGCUGAAUCAAACCUUGCGAUUCCAGAAUUAUAAUCAGUUGCUGCGGGAGACACUCAUCACAGAAAAGAAUGCUCUGAUGGACUACAUCCUGCAAUCUGACACUGUACUGCUGCAAGACCCUGGUUUUUCUCCUCGUGUGGCCGUUUGUCUAGAGGUAAUGGAGAAACUGCAGGCUGAGAUGAAGCAGCUGAGUGAGGAGCAGGAGCACCAUGAGUCCCUGCUGGCUGUUCCCCUCCAGUUAGUGAAGCUGGCAGCUGCCCUCUAUGAGGCACUGCAGGCGGUGUCCCAUCUUUCCCCUGCUUACUUCUUUUCUCUACAUGGCUUCAUCAAAGUGAUGCAAGAGGUCUUCACUGUAAAGGAAAGGCUGUUAGUGUCAUAUACAAUAGGGAAAGUGCCAGGCAGCAUAAUACCAGAGAUCAUGAAUAUGAUGGUGGUCCAGCUGCUGGUACAAUACAGGCCUUGUCUCUUCAAGAGCCAUGCUGCGGUUCUGAAGCUGCUGGUAUCUUUGGCUCUGCUCCAGCACAAUCAACUUUGCUCUGAAGCUGAGAAGCUGGCCUUCCUCAGAGGCCUUAAAGACAUCGAGCAUCCUGAAACUAAAGUGAAACCCUCUUCUCACAUGGUUCCACAGUCGUGCAAUCCUCUGCCCAGCUGGAUAUCCCUGCAUGUCCACUCUGAGCUUCUGUGCUUGGAAAAGGUCCCUUCUUUCAGAGGGUUGAUUGCCUCGCUCUGCGCUUCCCCCCUCCAGUGGCAGGAGUACCUACACGUGCCUUCCUCUACUGUGACAGGUACUGUUCCCUGUCGUUCCCACUCCCAUCUCUCCUUGCUGCAGCGGGCCCUCCUCUGGAAAACCAUGCUCCCGAUCUGCCUGGAGGGAAUAGCUGAUGACAUUAAUGCCUGUCAGCUCUGCCUGUCUGGAAAGUCAGCAGGGACUGAGGACCCUCACACUGGGAAUCCAGAGGCACUCUCACGAUAUAUCGUCAAACAUGAGGGACCCAUCAUUCUUGCACUGCCCAAUCCAAAAGACAAUAAGUGGAUAAGCAUCCAGCCUCUUCAUUUAUUACACCAAAUGGCCCGCUGUGUUUCAGAAGACAAAGAGGUGCAGGUGAAAGUAGUUUCUUUUGGGGGACAGUGUGAUAGAGAGCUCAUUCUUUCAAUGCUGGAUAAAGCCAUUAAUGAGGGCCAAUGGCUGGUUUUUAACAAUUGCCAUGUGUUGGAACAAUGGGAUGAUGAAGUAGUGGCUCACUUUGGACAUAUGAUCUCUCCUGUAAAAGAAGAGCACUGCCUGAUUCACCCGAACUUCCGAUUGUGGUUUAUAACUCAAGAAAAUGCAUCACACCUCAUACCAGCUGCAGUGCGAAUGUGUGCCCUGAAUCUGGUCUGUGACUCUCCUUGGGACCUGAAGGAGGAGCUGAGCUGUUCUGUGCGACAGAUGGUGUCCAUCAAUCAGCCUCCAUCACAGCUAGAUGUCACAGCCGACAACAUGGAGUUACUCCUCCGUUGUGCCAUCUUCCACUCUGUCUUGCUACAGAGACAGGCUUAUAAAUACUGUGGACAAAUCUAUCAUUGGAGUCAGGAGGACCUGCUUGCUUUAGUGGAAGCAUACAUUUGCACUGCCAGUCGCUGCCAUGACAAGACCAAGGUUUUGCAAGAUAUAGCAGUUAAUCUAGUGCAUGGUGGUCACGUGAUGGACUCUGCAGAUCUGGAGGUGGUAGAGAGUGUUGCUACAACUUGCUUCAGCACAGUGUUGCCUGUCUUGGACAGUGGACCUCACAUCAUUUCAAAUAUUGUCACCACUUCUGGCCACUUUGAUUUGUCAAGACUCCUGCAGGUUUUGAAGCAAGGGCUUUGGGAUUCAACAAACAUGAGUGACCCUGUCCUGUUGGGUUUCAGUGUUGAUGUGGCAACUGAGUUCAUCAAGAUCAACAGCCACAACCUGAACAAAUUACUGCAGGCCUCCCACACUCCUCUAGGAACAGAAAGGAAUUUCAACACCAGGCUAAACCAGCUUGCAGUAUUGCCAGCCUCCAGCCAUGCUAGAGACAGAUUGCAGGCUCUGAAGAGUUACCUUGCACACAAGAAUGACAGCACAGCUACAAAUGCAGGAGCUGUUUCUCACAGUCCACUACGUGACUUUCUCCAGACUGAGUGGGAUGAUCUCAUUGAUUCAGUGUCCUUGCUCCUCUCUCAGCUCCAACAGCCUUUUCAAUACACGCCGACCUUUGCUUUCCUCCUUAAACUCACUGACUUGUCUCGCUUGGAGAGGAGAGCAGAGUUGCUCGGUGCUUAUCUGUGGCACCACAGUACUUCAGAUCCACCAGGUGCCUAUCGACUCUCUGCUUUCAGAAAAGCCAGAGGCUUCCUGGUGGCAGUGAUGAGAGAAGCUGCUAAAGUAAAUCGCAAAUGUAUCAGUGACAUGUCUCUGCACUUUCAGGUUCUGUGUGAUGGCACAUACCCUCCCUCACUUCCUCUGGAUGCUGCAUAUUUGUGUGGCCUGGAGCUGAAAGGGGCAUCAUGGGAUACACAGCUAGGAGCCCUACAGGAAACACUGUCCCCUCGGCCAUGUUCACUGCCACUCCUUCACAUUAAGGCUCAAGUCAAGAGUACAGACACUGUUCAAGAUACACUGUCUUGUGAAUGUUCAGAUUUAAAGAACUCCUGUAAUGUUCAAGUCACAGAUGUUCCUCCAAAGACUACCCCUCAGUUACCAGUUUACUACUGCCCACUCUAUCUGGACAAAGAGCCGGACAGUGAGAACUGGGAACUGGCUGAUGUUAACAUUAUCACUAAGGUUCCCCUUCAUACCAAGCUAGAUCCUGUUUUGUGUAAUGUGAGAAGAGUGAGGCUUGUAAGUGCACUCUGAUUGUACUGAGCCGCUUUCACGUGCUGUGAUGUACCUAACCGAUGGACAAAUGCACUGAUGCCGUAGUAUAUUUGAAAUCUUCUAUAUUGUAAAUCAUUAGGAUUGAUGCCAUAUAUAAACAAUACAUUUGUUUAUUCUUUGUUUUUUGUAAUAGCUUGAAAUUAAUUUUUCAUUAAAAGAUUUUUCAUAAUGUAA